UCCAGUAGGCUACUGCAGUAUGUAGUAAGAUUGCAGAAUUAACUCUGCAUGCUUUUAACCAGUUAGCAAUGGAUGAUUAUAUGAAGUUAAUGAGCAUAGCAGAAGUGUGCUCUUUGACCGAAAAAGAUGACGGAAUUAUGGUUUUAUCAUUGGGAACAUUAGUAGAUUACGAUCCAGUCACAGAUACUGUGAGAUUAUAUGAUUCCCAUAAACGACAAUAUAUCUUACUCGAUGUGUCCGGAGUUCCCACCAAAUCAUUCUGUGGAGAAAAACAACUCUAUCAAGUCAUUGGACGGUUUCGUUACUGCUUGGUUGAAGGUCUAAUGAAUGUCAAAUUGCAAGUACAGUCAUUGGUUCUCAGAGCUGGUGCGGAAUCGGCCAUGUUAGACGUUGUCAAAGAAUUGCAAUGUGGGUUUGUUGAGAAGUAUUUAAAGCAAUAUUGAUGUGAAUAUUCUGGUUUAAGCGGUGAUGCGUGAUGGCCAGAACAUUUGUUACCUGCUUAUUGCUAUUGUAAUGCCAUCAAAGAAUGCAAAGUUGAUUUGAGUGACUGAUACAACCCCCGUUGAGCGAUGAUCUGUGACUUGUCAGAAUAUUUAAAACCUGUGCAUAACUGUUCAGAUGCUGUCAUUGAAUGCAUUGCUUUGUGGGAAAAUAUUGUAAAUAUGACUGUUAUACUUUGUGCAAUUUCAUUGUAAUACAAUUGCGAUGAUCCAUGACUGGUCGGAAAUUGUCUUCGAUAAAAUUCAAUGUAGAUUUAUUAAAAAUUGUCUAAUUUCAUCCUAGACUGGAAUACCUAGAUUCUGUAUGAUUAGGAUGAUAGGGUCAUGUCCCUAACAAGUGAGAUUCAGUUCCUUCCAUUCCUAGCAUGAGUAAAUAUUUGUUUUCAACCUCGUAUAGAGCGAAUCAAGAAAAUUGUAGCUUAAUUUAGUGUUGAAUAUUGAAAUGUCGAUGCAUGCCUUUGAGCAACCCAGUAUAGCAGUGUUAAUCCUCGAUACAGUAUCCUUACAGUCAAUCCGCUACACAAAGUCAAAGAGUAGUUGAAUCAACUAUAACCUUUUAGGCCAUAAGUUCCAUAUGUGAUAUACCCUGCUAUGGUUUUGUUUAUUUAUUUAUUAUAGUAUGAUUUACCGGUUGGGUAAUCAUAAGAUAUGCAGCAGCUAAUUGCCACCCUCUAUAUAAUCUGCUGUAAUCCUGUUCCAUGGUUUACUUGAUCUGAGGAUUAUCAAAACUGAGUAAUUAUAUGUUCUACAAAAUCAAUAUGGAUUCAAAAAGGUGUACAGUGGAGUAGAGAUAAAAAUCGCUUUGGUUAGGUUUUGUCUCUUUUUAGUUAUCAUAUUUUCUGGGUUUGAACACGAUGGCCCUGGUGCAAUGCCAAACUGGUAAUAAUCAGGUUCAAAAAUAUUUUAUCUUCAGUGGAAGCUUAUACAGGGCCGAAUGAAAUAAAACAACUGUGAAUUACACUUUCCACUAAAGAAAAUAUUGAUUCAUACAUACAUAAAACCCCGUACUUAUCAAUCUCAGCCAGGGUGAAAAAAAUGGGUAAGCAAUGCCACACUGGUAAGAUUCCUGAAUAACAGUAGGUUUUUCUUUUAGAUUUCUUGAACAUUGGGGAUUCGCUAUCGAACAAAACAGGUUUCAAAUAUUUAUUUGUUCUUUACAUUUGUAAACUGAUAUUUCUCUCUUCAUAACUUAUAAUUUAUUAAUGAAACAGAUGGUCAUAGAUCUUCUGAAUAAUUAGUCAAACAAUCAAUUAACUGCAGAAUGGUUACUGUGGUAUUCACAGAGUGUAAUUACACAGCUAGUCAGGAACAGAUGUACGGAAUUUUUUUUGCAAAAAUUUCUGAGCAAGCUCGAAUGUUGAGAGUUAUUGAAACAGUACUCCCGAAAUAUGCGUACCAAGAUGGCGGACACCGGAACGUAGUAUGUGUACCAGCUUAGGGUUAGGCCAUGAUUUCAGGUACAAAUACUACGGGAGUCACUUGGCUUGUCUCCGAACUCGUAAUAAAACUAAAAUGAGGAAUUGGAAUAAAUUUAUGGCCUAACCAGGAACACAUACUACGUUCCGGUGUCCGCCAUCUUAGUUCACAUACUACGAGAGCGCCAUUGAAACUAUCAAAUUUGUGUACGGAAUUAUGCUUAGUGGAUACUGAUUGACCUUGAGUUUGUGAGAGUUUUGCUAACUGGUUGUACUUUCUGUGUUGUUAAUUAGGAAUGUCUGAGCAGUCCAUAUACAUUUCUUUCGUUUUCUCUCAUUUGCCCAGGCAAUUUGUUUUGAACUUUUUUUUAUAUUUUCUCAGGAAGCCUUAGUUUAAACUAUGCAUAAUAUUCAUAUACCUGUGUGCCAAGCGAUGUUGGAGUGAUUCCAAGGUGUCAUCCACAUAGUCAAGUGUCUGGGAAGCGUCUCACAAUGGGCAACAAAGCCUCUUACAACCAAGUUCCGAUAGGCGAUAUGAGUUCGCCAUCGUUACAUGCAACCGAUAUCAAGAAACCAAAGGAUGCUUCACAAAUACCGGAGAAUGUCGGGGGUUCUGAUCUUAUGUUUGUAUUCCACGAGACAGAAGAUGACUCAGAGGAAAGGGUCGUUCAUGAACAGAUUAAUAAUCAGAGAAAUAUUGAUAAAGAAUUAAAGUACACAAUCACUCUGAAUGAUAAACUGAUAUGUGAAAGGCUGAACCAUGCAGAGACGACCGAUAUUAAAUCUUUAUGCACAAUGCUUCAACCAGGUGACAUCGUUGAGUUUUGUGCGGAAUACCACACCCACCACUGGGUGGUGUAUGUGGGUAACUCACAAUGCAUCAGGUUGAAGGCGGGAAUGGUUACUGAGGAAGUUAUAAUGAACAUCCACCCAGACCGAAUGGCGAGGCUUGUGAAUGGUGUUUAUAAAUUAAAGUCAUUGCCGAUACAUCAGGUUUGUCAUGCAGCAAGGACACAGCUCGGCAAGGAUUCCGUUUGGCCAACGAGUGAAUGCUUUGCAGCUUGGUGCAGGUUUGGUUGCCCGGAGUUCAUGAGUUCAAAGUUGGAGAUAAAGGAUUUGGAUUCACCAAAGGCGGAAUCCGGAACAGAGAAAUGUAAGAUUGACAUUUAUAAUGAUUUUGGAGAAAUUUCAGAAACAAAACAUUUUACGAAUCUUGUUGAGUUGAUUAAGUACAGGAGAAUGAGAGAGAAAGGCAAUAAACCAUGACCGAACUAUAGGAGAGACAAUUCAAGCAUCACAAUCAAAAUGAGAGAGCAAUAGAGCGUGACUGUUUCUCUUUUUUUACUCAAUGCACUUGUAUAGGACUCAAGUUGUUAAUUUCCACUGAAUUUUUUUUCGAUUUUUAUUUCUGUGAAGCCUAUAGUAUGAUACGAUUUUCCCCGCUGGUGGCGUAUUGUGCUUAAUGAUGUUGCCGUCCCAGGUUAUCAUUUUUCAAUCUUCGUACCCGCCGCCUAUAAUGAGUAGAAGAUUUAUGUCUUUCUGAAAACAGGGCAGCCAGUGGCGACUUUGCUUGAGGUAAAACUAUGAAAUCUUUUAAAGUAUUGAAUUUAGAUAUAAUUACCAGGAAGAUUUGACGCAAUACCAAGGCACGAUGUGAUGAAGGUUAUUCAAACAAUUCCUGAUCUUACCAGUUUUGCAUGUUAUACUAUAGCAAAUGCUUGAAAAACUAUCCUAGACCAACAGAAUAGUGAUUUUGUCUCUCCCAUCAAGUCCAUGCAUCUGAAUACAACUGGCCAACCAAUCCCAUAUCCGACAUUGACUGGUAACCAGACGAGAGGCAGUUAUUUUUCACAUGAUUUAGCCGACUUAUCGACUUUCAUUUCCCCACGGGAUAGAUAUGUAAAUCUUAUCAUAUCUCAAGUAAAGCUCGUGUCGGUUGCUUCUUAUCAGUCCCGCAUGUGGCACUAACACUGACAAUCUUUUGCUGUCAACAUAGAUACCUAGGAAUAACAUGAUUUUAAUUUCCCCAUAUUGUGUGUCUGCUAUCUCAAGUAUUCUACCUAUAUAUUGCAGAGUUUUAUGUUUUUAUCUUAUUAACUUUUUUAUUGUGGCCAUUGCAAAGUUUUAUGUGUGCCUACUGCGCUGAAUUUCAGGUUUCGACUGCCAAUAUAUGUUGUAAUCCAACCCAAUCCAUUCAUGUAUUUCCACACACUCUUAACUUUUAUGGCCGUGGACUUUUAUUUGUGAAUCUUAGUUUUUACGUGCCCCCAUGGAUAUUCGUCCGCAACGCGCAACCAAAAAUAUAGGCGGGAUUUUUGAUUGAAAUUAAUUAUUAAAGAUCGAUCAGACUCUUUUCAGUUCCCCCUGUGCAGUCCGCAACCCCAGUUUGUAGAAUAUUUUUAUUUGAAAAUUAGGGAUUUCGAGUCAUCAGACACGCCAAUAAAAACGUGCGAUAUCUCAACUGAUAACAAACAACACUGAUAAAAUGAUGAUUUUUAUAUUUAUGUUAAUUUAGAUAUGAUUAAUAUGAAGAUAUAGUGAUUUAUGUGAUUUUCCACAUGACUUCCCAAUUUAGAAUAUAUUUGAGAUUCGAAAAUGUUUUUUCGGAAUGGUGAAAUAUUCGGUUUCGGCAAUCCCUGCCAACUGUUCUCUCUCAGUUUGAAAAGUUUUUUUUUAACUCCCGAGAAAACUGUAUUUUGGUUACGAAAACUCCUGUGUUUGCAAAAACCGUUUUUUUUUUAUCAAGUUUUGUUAGAACUUGUAACCCCGUUUCUAAACUGCACUCUCAUCUCAUGUUAUUCAUUGGACCUUAUUUCAUUGAAACAUUCUUGAAACAUUUCAGUUUUUGCACGAUCCAAUGCUUUUUGCACACACAAUCGCACAAAACCACUCAAUUAUCAAACUAACUUUUUUGAAAAUAUAUCCAUGGCACUUAUAUCAUGCUAAAAUUCGUCUAUCCAACUUUUCUCUAACAAUGUUGUAGUUUCCCUAACAUAAUGUCAAGUCCUGUCUUAACAUAUUCAUUGCUAUUUAUAUGUCAGGGCCAUUUGUAGGUACUCCCUAAGUAUGUGUGCCAGGUCAGGGUAAGCCAUAAUUUCAUUCCGAUUUUCCUUGUUUUAGUUCUAUUACGAGUUCGGGGACUGUCUGUGUUAGCCUUGUCCAUAGGUUUCAAUCCCUUUAUACAACUUUAUGUAGAAGAGGUAAACAAAAUUAGUAUACUGGAACUCAUACUUCAGGAGCGCCCAUUUGUAGCUCUUACAUUAUCCGCAGGAUAAAACUCAACCGUAACCACAACAACCUGUCAUCAAAUUUUUUGUGCGACUUCGGCGCUUUUUCUGACCAAGUUUUAUUCUUUUUAUUGGUACAUUAUUUCUGUUACUGUAUUCAAAUAUUUCCGCUGUAUCAAAUUGUAUCCAAGUUUGGGAUUCUUGAUUUAUUUACCCAGAGACAUAAUACUAGAAUAGUAGACGUUUAGUAUUAAUCUGUACCUCAGACCCCACUAUGUAGAACAGGGGUGGGGAACUUCUCUAGUCGGCGGGCCAGAUGUGGGAAAAUGAAGUCCUUGGCGGGCCGGAUUAUAACAUGAAUAGUAUUCAAUAUCUUAAUCACAUAUUUAUUCGCUAAUGCAAGAAAGAAAAUUAUAAAUCGCGUUUAAAGUAAAGUUUGAACUUUACAAAAAAUAGAGACCAAAAAACACAUAAUGUAAUAUCACAAUGUACUGAAGUACAGUCAGCGGGCCGGUCAAAAUCUUGUAGGCCGUAUGUUGCCCACCCCUGAUGUAGAGGGUACUCCCCUAGUAUGUGUACCAAGUUAGGCUAUAAUUUUAUUCUGAUUUUCCCUAUUUUAAUUCUUUUACAAGUUCGGGGAUUGUCUGUGUUAGCUAAUAGAAAACACCCCCUGCACACAGGUUUCAGUCCCUUUACACAACUUGAUGUAAAGUAGGUUACGGAAUUAGUUAGCUCCAUAUUGGUGCACAUACUUUUGGAAGCGCCAUGUAGACAUUGUGUAGACCUUACAUCAAUCUCACCCAGACCAGAAAAACCUGUCUUUCUAUAAACAAACCAUCUUUUAUUCACCAGUGCUACUUUUAGUUGGUUUGACACCUUGCUUUGCGCAAACUUGCAAUAUAAGAUUUUGGUAUACCUCUUAUGUCAGUAUUCCACUAUUAUUAGUUCAGGUGGUUCCCCAUAUAGGUCUGAGCACUUUUAAGUUUUUUUUAUCAGUGCUCUACCUAAGUUGUGGGAUCGCGACCUUGUUUUGCAACU